AUGUUUCCACGGGCUGGCAAAGUUAAAGAUGGCAAAAGAGCUAGUUGGUUUGAACGGCUCAGGGGCAGCUCGCAAUCCAAACUGCAGCACCGGCGACAGCAGCUCGCGCCCCUCGAACCACGACCAAACAUGUCUGAUAUUACAAGCAUAAGCCUAGAGGAAAUGUGCAAAGUAUGCUACAACCUCGACCCGAGCCAGGCUCCAGGAAGUGGGCCGCCAGUCAAGAAUGGCCCCUCGUUGUUUUCGUGGGCUACUCGGGAGUACAAUUUACCUGCAUGA